CUUCGUGCUUCUCGCCCUUCACUUCCACAAUCUCUCUGUUAAAGGUUAUGUAUCUGCCUUCAACUUCUUCUCAACCGUGUUUACAAAUCUCUACCUUUGCUUCAUUCGUUCCGAACGUAGUAUCACCAACACACAAGAACAACACCGGCUACCGCGUCCAGGAAAGUGCCACUUUACUUCGGGGCUAGCGGUAAGCGUGGUGGCCGAAACGAGGUCCAUUGAGGCCGAUAUCGGCGCCCGAGGGGUUUUCCAGGCCCGUCUCGGACAGCCGUAGAUGCGAAGGGAUCGGCGCCAGGAUUUGCACUGAAAGAGAAGCUGGGUUCACAUUCCCAGCUGCAUUUACAGGGUUCUCAGCUGAAUCUUUACGCGGGGGAGGAAAAGUUGAAAUUCGCCGGGCGUUGGUGAACUAAGGUUGACAGGGUCGAGGACUGUGGGGAGUAGUGAGGAGGUCAUUAGCAGUAGUUUAUAGAGGAGAGGUCGGGUCCGGUGGGUGAAGCCGGGAAUUGUAAUUAUGUGCGCUGGGGCUUUCGUUAGAGCUUACUCUGUCACCGGCAUCUACGCUUUUGUCGAAGGCAAUGGUCGUUCCUAUCUAAGCGGACGGAUUUUGUUUUGCUUUGUCUUCUUCUAUUUUGCUUCAUAAUUGUCAAAUGAGUACUGAACGUUGGGCGCUCGUGUGCGUAGACCAAUGUGUGUGUUCGUAGACGAAGCCUGAAGAGGCCUCCUUGAAAAUUGCCCACCCUUUGCCGAGGUGACGAUUGAGCAGGGGCACAGUUGCACGUUAGGAACCUGUAAAUUCCUAAAAGCUUCCUCAAAAAUUUUCCUCGUAGCAGAGCGGAGGCAGAGUAUUUAUCCUGAGCAGAUACCAACCAACAUAUCAACGUUUGCUAAUUUCGUCAAGUUUAUAUCCCUUUGUAGAUAAGAAGGCAGAGAAAUUGAGACAGUAGUAGAGGUCGAUCAAUGGGAAUGCAGGUCAAGAUCGAAGAGAACACAGGGCUCUCCAGGAUUGUCGAGAACAGGAAGUGUGGCGCUUGAGGCAGAAAGCAGGUGGAAGGUUUUGAAUUCUCGUCUCAAUGUUGAGCUUCGGAGAGAUGGAUCCCAAGAUCUGGUCGACACUGUCAGAAGAAAUUGUCAUCAAAAUUCUGACGUAUCUGCCCUGGGAUGGUAUUCUGAGGUUGAGAGCCGUUUGUGUGGAAUGGAACGCGUUUUUCAGGAGUGAAGAGUUUAGGCAAAAGUGGGAAGGUAGGGAUCCCAAUCAACUCCCUCUUUGUUUCAUGGGCUGUAAGAAGAAGGGAAAUACAGUUUACAACCCUGCCUCUCUCAAGUGGCAGGUAUGUGGUGUGUCCAUCUCUCCUAUGUUUUACAGUUUCACGGACGAAGACGGAGUGUCUUACAAUACUAGGGACGUUCGCAUGAUGGGAGCUGCGCAUGGCCUUCUGCUACUGAAAGCUGUUCCGCCAUGGAACCGGAGGAAGUUUGACUUAUACGUGCUGAAUCCCAUGGAUCCCCGAACCAGGAAGAGAAUCCCUCUGUUGCCUGAAAUGCAGGACCUCUCUCGAAGUCAGCCGCUGGGAAUGGCUUGGAAUGAGGAAACAGAGUCUCACCGGAUUCUGAUCCAGUCUGAAUCGAGUAACCGCAGAAUGUGGUCAUUUCACAGCUACGAUAUACGGAGCAGUAAAUGGGAACAGAUCGCAAGGUGGCCGAGGGAUCGACUGAGGUUUUUCCAGCAUCCUUCGAUGUGUGGAGGAAGAUUCUUGUGCCUCGGAAGUAUGGGUCCUAUAAUGGAGCAUGACAUGUUUCGUGCAUACAGACAGGACAAUUCGAGCACGAACUGGCUCCAGGAGCCCACUUGGGUUGGAGACGACGAUGAGCCUUCGCUGCCGUACCCACUUCACUUCGCCACUCUGUUCCAUCUGGAUGAAGACAUUAUGGUGGCUGGCGGCAGGGUCAAAUGGGAGAUGGUGAAGCACAGACGUUGCAAGGUUUUACAGGACUUUUGCGUCUGGAAGUUACAGACACUGAAAUACUCACAAGACUCAGAAGACAUGACACUUGAAAAUGAAUGGAUCGAGGUACGAAGGAUGCCUAUUUUUAUACUGGAGAAACUCAACCGAGACAAUUCGCAAAAGCAAUUCCUGUGUGCGGCCAACAAGAAUUAUGUUUGUGUAGCAAAUUCAUGGAGGGAUGUAGCAUUAUUUGACAUGAUGAAUCAUUCGUGGACAAUGCUGCCAUCUCACUCCCCGUUUGAAUCGGAGUCGUAUUGUUCGGCUGAUCCCAUCUUCGAGGGAGACCUUUGUGAUUUGCAUUUUGUCGAACCUCGAUUCGAUAUCAGUUUGUAAGUAUUUACAUAUGUACAUAAUUAUCUCACUUCUCUUCUGUCCGAAACCAGAAGUGUACAGGAAGUCCAAGGACUUGAUCUUAGCUUAGGAUAAUGAUCACUUCAAAACUUGUAGUUAGUAUAGAGCUGUUUUUUAGGAAUCUGGGAUAUGUCAGCGGAGCCAAUUGUUGUUCAGUAUUGAGGAGUAUUUUCACAAAUCACGACUCUCGUCAGAUAGCAGUUUUUAAGCUACCCGGGAUAGCUGCGUCAAAUAGGCAACAACGGAGAUAGUUUAUAUGAACUUCGCACUUCUUUAUUUCCUUCAACUGUGAUUAUUCAUUCUUUUUACAAACAUGUGAUAUGACUGAUCAAAUCUAAGCGAUGUUUCCUGGAGUUUUUAUCAGUCUU